AUGCCAGAAAUUGAACAGGAACACCCAGGAGUGUUGCCAUCAGCUACAGCGCCUUCCCGUGUGCUUGACGUGACCAAGAGAUUCACGGGGGACCCCAUCCGGAUUCUUGCCGAGAAGGACGAGUUCACCCUGGAGGAGCGGAAGCCGGACAGACACAGGCCAGGCCACGGUGGGGCCCUCCGCCACCACGGGGGAGCGUCUCAGCACCGCGACUUAGCCCGUCCUCACGGCGGACCGCGGCACCCUCGUGAGUUCCAAGACAACCAAGACGAUCGUGCCUUCUCCCAUCAUGCCCCCCUGGGCCUCACCACCAUGCCGAGCCUGACCCCCACGGUGGACCCCACCACCUUACUGUGCCCCCUCACCACGGUGGAACCCACCACCUUACCGAGCCCCCUCACCAUGGUGGACCCCACCAUCAUACCGAGCCUGGCCACCAUGGUGGACCCUACCACCAUACUGAGCCCAGCCACCACGGUGGGCCCCAUCACCAUGCUGAGCCUGACCCCCACAGCGGGUCCCAUCAUCUUACUGUGCCCUCUCACCAUGGCGGGCCCCACCACCACACUGAGCCUGACCUCCAUGGUGGGCCCCACCACCACGCCGAGUCCCCUCACCAUGGAGGGCCCCACCACCAUGCCGAGCCCCCUCACCACGGUGGGCCCCGGCAUCAUGCUGAGCCUGACCCCCAUGGUGGGCCCCAUCACCUUAUUGUGCCCCCUCACCACGGCGGGCCCCAGCACCACGCCGAGCCCCCUCACCACGGCGGGCCCCACCACCACAUUGAGGAUGGCCACCGUGGAGGGCCCCACCACCACGCCGAGCCCCCUCACCACGGCGGGCCCCACCACCACGUUGAGGACGGCCACCGUGGAGGGCCCCACCACCACGUUGAGGACGGCCACCGUGGAGGGCUGCCUCACCGCGGGCUCUUCCAACCUUUCCCAUCCUGCCAUCCCCCACGCCGAUGCACACAGAUGGAGCUCUGGCCACAGCACUGCUCCGUCCCACGUGGCCAUCUCCGGCAAGGUGUACUCCCAGGAGAGCAGCUCCAAAGACUUGGAGAACUACACUGAAGACAGCGAACAACUUCGGAAGCGCAAAACCCGCCGGACCCCACGGAGCUACAAGAAGCUGCACCUAGAGAGCUGCUUCCAGUGGUGGUGCGAGAAAUUAGUAGUCCUCUUCCGUGGCCUCCAGAGAAUGCUCUGGAAGCUGACGCACUGCCUGGCCUUUGAGACGUUCAUCUUCCUGGUCGUCUGCCUCAACACCACCAUGCUCGUGGCCCAGACCUUCGCCGAAGUGGAGAUCCGGGGCGAGUGGCACUUCCUGAUCCUAGACUGCAUCUUCCUCUGCACCUACAUGGUGGAAGCUCUGCUCAAGAUCAUCGCCCUGGGCUUUUCGUACUUCCGGGACUUCUGGAACAAUCUGGACUUCUGCAUCAUGAUGGUGGCCGUGCUGGACUUCACGCUCAUGCAGCUCAACUCCCUCUCCUACUCCUUCUACCACCAAAGCCUGUUCCGGAUCCUCAAGGUCUUCAAGAGCAUGCGGGCCCUGCGAGCCAUCAGGGUCCUGCGCAGGCUCAGCUUCCUGACCAGCCUCCACGAGGUGACAGGGACCCUGGCCCGGUCCCUGCCGUCCAUCACGGCCAUCCUCAUUCUCAUGUUCACCUGCCUCUUCCUCUUCUCCGUGGUCCUGCGCGCACUGUUCCGCAAGUCGGACCCCAAGCGCUUCCAGAACAUCUUCAGCACCUUGUUCACCCUCUUCACCAUGCUCACCCUGGACGACUGGUCCCUCAUCUACAUGGACAACCGGGCCCAGGGCGCCUGGUACAUCAUCCCCAUCCUUAUGGUCUACAUCAUCAUCCAGUAUUUCAUCUUCCUCAACCUGGUGAUUGCGGUCUUGGUGGACAACUUCCAGAUGGCUCUGCUCAAAGGCCUGGAGAAAGUGAGGCAGGAGAGGGCCGCCCGGAUCCAGGAGAACCUGUUGGAUGACUCCCUGACGGAGCUCCGCCAAGCAGAGCCCGAGGAGAUCCGGAGCGAAGGCACCAUGCAGAGGCAGCUGCUGGAGAAGAAGUUCGGGACCAUGACCGAGAAGCAGCGGGAGCUGCUGUUCCAGUUCCUGCAGCUGGUGGCCGGCGUGGAGCAGCAGCAGCAGAAGUUCCGCUCCCAGGCGUCCGUCAUCGACGAGAUUGUGGACACCGCCUUCGAGGCCGGAGAAGAGGACUUCAGGAAGUGA